UUAUGCUGCCAUGUAAACAUGACCGAAGAUGAUACGUCUUUUUUAUUGCGCAAGUUUCUACCAGUUUCGUCUUUCGUCAUCUCCAGUCCUUUACGAGAUCAUGACUCACGAUUUCACGAAAACAGGCAUCACCGGGAUUCGAGGUUGAUGUACAAAAGACCGUGGCUGGCAACUUUCGAACUGUUUCUCUAGCAGACUAAAAAGCAAGUUUUUCCCUCCAUUACAUCGACAAACUGUAAGUGUAUGACGUACAUAUAUUUACAACUGUAGCCAGGCAGGAUAGACUUCAUCCGAUGAGAUUGUGUGCAACACGUUAUCUUCUUGUCGGACUUUUAUCUCUUUAGUAGAUUACGCCCUUUCUCGGAAUUUAUCUGAACAGCUUAUCACUCGCUGAGAAACUUAAGGUUAUUAGAAAAAAUGGCAGCCACGUCCAUCGCAAAUCCGCAAAUGCCUCUCUUAACACCCAUCCCUGGUGGUUUCAUGCAUGGGAAAAUUAUACGCAUCAGGGGCUCACUUAGUCCUACAGCCCAGCGUUUUGCGAUAAACCUUCAGUGUGGACCUAAUACCAAUCCGCGAGAUGAUUUGGCUCUACAUUUGAAUGCUCGUAUCCACGAGCGCGCGGUUGUUAGGAAUUCCCUGAUCGGCGGGCAUUGGGGACAAGAAGAGCGCCAUGGUUCCUUUCCCUUUGUACCCGGACAAGGAUUUGAAAUAUUAUUGCUCGCAGAAGUCAAUAACUACAAAAUCGCCAUAAAUGGCCAACACUUUACUGAUUUUCAUUCAAGAUGCCCAAUGGAACGUGUCUCUUAUUUGUCAGCCGAUGGCGAAAUCAUGAUAACUACGAUAAACUUUGAGGGCGGCAUGCAUGGAGUUCCAGGCAUGCAGGCCCCGAUGCCUGUUCCAAUACCAAUGCCUGUGCCCAUGCCUAUGCCGGGAAUGCCUCAACACGGCCAUCAGCCUUAUCCUUCUUCUGGAAUGCCCCAGCAACCAUAUCCUGCCCCUGGAAUGUACCCGACGCAACCAGGAAUGGGUUAUCCAACGCAAUCUGGAAUGGGUUACCCAGCCCAGCCUGGAAUGGGCUAUCCAACACAGCCUGGAAUGCACCCAGCUCCAGGGAUGCAUGGGGCUCAUUAUGGUCAUUUGUCACCAAAAUCAGCCCCCUAUUAUGAUCCCUACGCUCCCAAUCCUGAUCCUUACACUUCCUAUCCAAACCCAUCCGUUUCCACCGGCAAUACCGGAUCUGGUACAGGAUUGACCGGUUUGAUAAAUAAGGCCUCGACGGCUGUUGCUGGCCUUGGAUUGGCAUCUGGAGUCACCGGAAUAUUGGGAUCUCUUACCGGAGGAGGACACCGUAGCAGCGGUUAUCCCGCUGCUGGUUACCCAGGCCAGCAACCGGGAUACAUGAAUCACACGGGAGGAAGUGGAGGGGGCGGCCUCCUUGGAGGUCUGGGUACCGCGAUGGGUGCGGCAGCUUUGGGAACUGCUUUACUCAAUCCCAAAAAAGCCGCCAAGAAACAAGCCAAAGCACAGAAAAAAGCGUUGAAAUACGGAAUUCCCCUAGCCGCAGUCGGACAAGAAAUGGGCCUUUGCAAAUGUCCAAAGCGAAAAGUAACCAACCAGUUUUGUUUUGAACAUCGCGUUAAUGUCUGUGAAUCAUGUAUGGUCUCCAAUCAUCCAAAGUGUAUUGUUCAGUCAUACUGCCAAUGGCUAAAAGAUAGUGAUUAUAGCCCACUCUGCACGUUGUGUUCAGCAGAUCUAUCACAUGAAGACUGCAUUAGACUAAUAUGCUACCAUGUGUUUCAUGUGAAAUGCUUGGAUGCCUACUGUAGACAGUACCCAAUUAACACAGCACCAGCAGGAUAUGUGUGUCCUUCUCCUUGUUCAAGUCCUAUUUUCCCAGCCUCAAAUCUUGUUUCUCCAGUUGCUGACGUCUUAAGGUCUGUUCUUGCAAAUCGUCCAUGGGCCAGAGAAGGAUUGGGUUUACCCCUGUUGCCAUAUGACAAUGCAAUUGAUUCAAAUCCUCCUGAAAUCCACCAAGUGAAAGUUGCAGCAGUGCAAAAAGAAGGAACCAAUUACAGUAUAGUUAAUGUUGAGGGAGAAGCCUCCAACACAAUUCACAGGAAUGAACCUGUUGUUCACGCCAAACGUCCAAUCGGUUUGCUUACUGACUCGGAUCGUGACGAAAGUAUUAACAAAUAUAAACGUCGGCCACCGUGGGAAUCUUUUAAACGCAUGCUAAGUAACCUAUUGGACCCCCACUCAAGAAAUCGCCAACGAGGUCGAUUUCGCCGACGUUAUGCCUUGAUUUUGGUUAUGGCCGUCUUCGCACUUUUGUUAAUUUUUGCUAUUGGCUCAAGAAUAUUUAAUGGCCCGCAGGAUCUAGAGCCCCUAGACGCACCGUUUAAUCAUAGAAUUGCCUCAAACUAACGGAUAAAAAAAUCGACUUUCUUUUAGUAAACAUACAUUUCCGACCUUAAACUAAGUUAGCCUAAAGCACACAGUUAUUCUAAUUAUCUAUCUCUUUCUGGCUUAUAUAAUUACAAGAACGUGUAAGUGUAUAUAUUACAUUCGAAUGAGAAAA